AGCAGGACUAGCUUCUCGGCGCCGGGAUUUGCAGGGGCGGGGCGUCACGGACACCCAGGAUUGGCGUUUCGGGAGCCGUUUCCCAACGUGCACCGGGACGCCGGCAACUCACCCGGAAGUAGAAGCCCCGACUCCGCGUCCGCGGUGGGGCGCUGGCUGUGUCGCGUUGGGAAGUGGGUGCUCGACUUUCAGGAGCCAUCCCGGAUCAUUUGUUGGCAGUACAUAUUGGCUGAAGUCAGUUUUCAUUUCAAGAUGUGUUCUUCUAAUGCGCUUUUGGUGUAGGAUGUUGGAGAACGAAGAACAGGAGGAGGUGACUACUGUGCGUGUUCAGGACCCCCGUGUGCAGAAUGAGGGCUCCUGGAAUUCUUAUGUGGACUAUAAGAUAUUCCUUCACACCAAUAGCAAGGCCUUUACGGCCAAGACAUCCUGUGUGCGCCGCCGCUACCGUGAAUUUGUAUGGUUGAGAAAGCAGCUUCAGAGAAACGCUGGACUUGUGCCUGUACCUGAACUUCCCGGGAAGUCGGCUUUCUUUGGCAGCUCCGACGAGUUCAUAGAGAAGCGAAGACAAGGCCUGCAGCACUUCCUUGAAAAUGUCCUGCAGAGUGUGGUCCUCCUCUCCGAUAGCCAGCUGCACCUCUUCUUGCAAAGCCAGCUCUCGGUGCCAGAGAUAGAAGCCUGUGUCCAGGGCCGAGGCCCCAUGACUGUUUCUGAUGCCAUUCUCCACUAUGCUAUGUCAAACUGUGGCUGGGUCCAGGAAGAGAGGCAGGGCUCCUCACUCCUGGCCAGAGGGGACCAGCCGAACAGUUGCUGCUUUCUUCCAAGGUCAGGCAGGAGGAGCUCUCCCUCGCCGCCUCCAGGAGAAGAGAAGGAUGAUUUCAAAGUCUGGGCUCCUGUUAUUGACUCGGAGGCACCUUCCUUGGAGAGCCCCCCGCUCACGUCCCCUUCCUCACCAUCGAGCUGUCAUUUCCCAAGACCCAAGGAGGAAGCCCUCACUCCUCAGCCCGUGAGGAGGGCCACGGUGGGGGACCGUGCUGUGCCUUUAGACCCUGCUCAGCUGGAGAAGGCGUUGGAAGAGGGAGCUUUGGUCUGAGCUCCUGGCUGUGCUCUGAGGUGGCUGCAGGAGGGCUGGGAAGCCAACUUGCUCAAGUGGGGGCGGGGCAGGAGGGGCUGCUUCGGUGUUCACAGUGGCCGCUGCCUGGGCCAGUGGCACAGAGGUCAGUGGUGACAGUCCCCACUCCAUGCUUGUGGGUGAGCAUAUGCUCUGGGCGCUGUUGGUUUUUAAUGGAAUCCCUGCCUGUUUUCCUGGGAACCAAGUCUCUGGGUGUGUGUUGGUGGGCCCAGGCACACCGCCUCGGUAGCUUGGUUGUGGGGACCUGGGCAGGGCAGAUUUUUGGAUGCUGUUUUGAAUACUGUCCCAGGGCUGAGAUGCUUCUGUAUUUGCAUCCCCGAAGUGGUCUUUGACUGCAGCCCUUGCAGCGUUUUGUUCCUGGGAGGUUGGUCUCUUGCCUCCCUCCUUGCCUGGACCUGGGAGUGGAUGUUCUCCCACCCUCUUGUACUGCACGGGUGGGCGCUGUGAUGCUGCAGAGCCUUAGGUGGGACCGUGUCAGGGCCUGAGAGCCGCAGAGCAGCUUCCAGCCAUCCGAGCAGAGGCAGCAGUUCCAGGGCGUUGUUGGAGAGAAGGCUGUCUUUCUGCAUUUCUAGGGGAGUCGAGACUCUUUCCUGCAGGAUUAGCCGGGGGCUCCUUUCAUUUCUCCUCUUUCUCCUUCCUUAGCGACAGCAGGUCUUCAGCAUUCUGGUCCCUCUGCUGGGUUGCAGGGAGCGCUGUUCAGGCCAGUGGGGCGCAAGGGCUUUGUUUCUGCCUGGAGAGAGGGCUCUGGGGAUGGUGACAAGGAACAGCACGGCUUCCGUCAGACAAUGAGGCGUUCUGCCCUCCCGCUGCCAUAAUUCCUCUCCGCCGAGGAGCAGAGAGCCGCGGGCACCCUGUAUUGCUCUGCACUGAGGUUCCCGUGCAUUCUCCUCGCCCCCUCCUCCCCGGCCCGCCCGCCCGGUCUGCGGGCGCCCCAACUGCUCCUCCUCGUGGCUGAGGCGGCGGCACUGCCGUGGCAUUUAGUUCAGAGUUGAGGGGCUUUGGCCUGAAAUAAAAUUCAAGUAUUUAA